ACUGCAGGUCGUCUUCCUCUGACUCCUCUGUAAUUUAAGGACUCGAUCGAGGACCAUGGGCCUGCUGGACAUCCUCUCAUCCAUCAAAGACCGAGCCGACAAGUUUCUCAACGAAAAGAACGUGGUGACGGACUUUCUGGGGAAGGUGGAGGAGAAAACGGGGAUAAAGAAGAAGAUCAUCGCAGUGGGUGCCGUCUCACUGACAGGACUCUACCUGGUGUAUGGAUAUGGUGCCUCCCUCCUCUGCAACCUGAUUGGUUUUGUCUAUCCCGCCUAUUACUCAAUCAAAGCCAUCGAAAGCGUGAACAAAGAGGACGACACAAAAUGGCUGACGUACUGGGUGGUGUACGGCGUCUUCAGCCUGGGCGAGUUCUUCUCCGAUAUUUUCCUCUACUGGUUCCCGUUCUACUACGCUUUUAAGUGUCUCUUCCUGUUGUGGUGCAUGGCUCCGAUGUCGUGGAACGGCUCCCAGCUCAUCUACAACAAAGUGGUUCGGCCCGUCUUCCUCCGCCACGAGGCCACGGUGGACAACAUGGUGAGCAACCUCGGCGGGAAGGCCAUGAGCGCCGCCGAGAACCUCACCAGAGAAGUCCUGGCCACUCUGAUAAAGAACAAAGCUCUGGUGACUCCGAUGCCGUCCUUCCCUCAGCCUGAACCUAAAAGUUUACCGAGUUCAUCAGCAGAAACAUCAGCAGCUAAAGUGGCUCCAUCAGAGCUGAGCGAAGAACGACCGCCUUUCCUGGGCUAACCAGUAUGGAUGAGCUCAGUGUCGACUGACGUCCUUCAGAUAGCAGCAGAGGAAGAAGAGGCGCCUCAGUGAGGAAGAGGAGCAGAGAGCGAAGGUUUUCCUCUUCAUCCUCACAGAUCCCAAAGAGAAGAUGACUUCCUGUCAAAGAGACUGAUUCCCUUUUUCUAUCAGAUGUUAUAUUUAUACAUUCGUCUGUAACAGGUUUUAUGUGAAAAUGUUGUCGACUGAAUCACCAAAACUCUGCAAACAGACUCACAACAGUGUUUCUAAUUGUUCUCAGUUUGUUUGUUGAUAUUUAUUAAUGAAUUUGGGGGUCAGAGGGACAUUUUUUUUUAGAUGUGCAGCGCCUGAAACUGGCUAACAGCUAACUUGCAAACUUACCAGCUCACGUUUAGCAGGCUGGAGAUUGUCCACUAGGUGGAGCUGUUCUGUGGUUUUGAGACUGUUUACACCUGCCAACCUGGCUGGAGGACAGGAACAGCAAUCACACGUGUAGAUGUGUCAGUAUCGCCUCCCACAGGCCACCCCAGUAACAGCUGCUGGGAUGGGCAGUGAGUGUUUUUUAGGUUUUAUAUUGAACAACUGUAGCACGUGCAGCUGCAGCAGUCAGUCCCUACAGCUGGUGGAGGUCAGUUUGCAGGAGCUGGUCCUGGUUUCAGGUGCAUCCCAUCAGCGACACUAUGUGUCCUCCUUUUCUUUACAUGUGCUGCAUUUAUUUAUUUUUUUGUUUAUGAACAUGAGAU